UUCUAAACUAAACCAAAAGCCUCCACUGCGUCUUCCUUCUGCACUUAGGCUUUUUUCGCAAGAAGUGUUGCAAUCCGACAGCAUGUUUUUAGAGCUUGUCAUUUAAAACAGCUGAUUAUGCAUUUGACGUGAAGGUGACAUUAAAUGCUACUGUGGACAGAAAAGGGGAAAUUGAACUCGUCACAGAGGAAACUCCCACAGACUUCUCGGCUGGCUGACUAGAAGGAAGCCACAGUGAGAGAAGGACAAAGGAAAAACAGCCUUCACAAUCUAUGGUAGGUAAGUGAGCCAUUUAUUUUAUACACCCUUGCACUGUGUUGGAGAUCAUGGGUGAGCUAGGAAAGGGGUGAAUGCUUGCCUCUCACAAGUGCUACUUUUUCACAGCUAGAAAAUCAUGUUGCUAUAUUAUUUUAAAAGUUAAUGACCUCUGAUGUGUGAGCAUCAGCCCUAUUUAGAAAUAAUGAUAAAAAUCCACAAAAGUCAAAUGCACAGGUUUGCUUUUUGGGCUUCAUCAGAGCUCAUUUUAAAAUGUGUUGAGCUCAUGAAAGCGGACAUGAAUUCCCAGCAUAUGUCAUCCUGUGACUUCUUCUCCUUUGAUUUGCUCAGAAUUUUCACAAUCAGAUGAGAAAUUGGCUGAGACUCUUCAGAAACAUGCGCACUUCUCUUUAUGAACGCUUAAAAUAUCGCCCAGAAAAUACAGUGAGUGUACAAAAUGAAAAAAAUAGCUUAAUACAGUAACAUACAGGUGUUUCCAGGUGCUGUGGGGUUUUUUGUUUUGGGUUUUUUUUUUUUACAUUUACAUUUUUUACUUGUGCUAUUUUCUGAAAAUCAUUCUGUCUUUGAUUUCAACUCAACUGAUGGUUUCCACUUCUACAGUGUGGCCUACUGCACCUCUGACAAUAACAGGUUGACAAGGUUGUUUAGUUUCAGAGUGAAUACUGGAUUCCCACAUUCUCCUGAACGGGGGUUCCCCCAACCUUCUACUGUAAACAGCAGCUCUAAAGGCAGAAGUAAUGCCUGAGUGACCCUUAAAAUCCCCCGUUGAUAUUCUAAAACAAUGUACUGAAGUCUUUUUUUCCCUCAUUUUUCUGUAACUUUAUUACCAUUUCAGGUUGCAUUCACGUUUUUUAUGAUUGUACAUCAAAUUUUAUUUAAACAUGUUGAGGGAUCAAUUAAAAAAAAUGACAAAUGCAUUUUACAAAAUGUCAUUUUGAUUUAAUUUGCAUUUAUUUGUCAAAAAUGUACAAGGUUUUACUGUUUUUACAUUGUCAAAAAAGUGGACGCAACAUGAAUCAAUUGAUUUUCUUCUUGCAAUGUGGGUAAAAAAAUUGAUUUUUUUAUUUUGUGUUUUUUACAUUUAGUCAUUGUACGGUGUUUACAUCUCUUUAAAACAUAAAAAACAGACAUUUAAAACAAAAAGAAAAUGCCCACCACCACCCCUCACUCAUACACAUAUACAAACACCCACACAUACGCACACAACUUAACCAUACAUAUGUGUGGCGGUGUGUGAUCCCCAGUGUGUUUAUUUCUUUUUAUCUGCGUCUAUCACAUGUGAGAAAAAGAGAUAAGAGAGAGGCGGAUGUGUGGUGACAUCCCACAACAAGCAGACACUCAAAGCGGAAGAAUGCUCGUAGUGUGGUUAUGACUCAUUUGUUCAUUGUUUCUAGUAAAUGAACUAAUUCUUCUCCCCUCUCUCUCUCGCUCUGCCUCGCACACUGCCCUCUGCUCCGACUUGUCUUCAGACUUCUUGAUGAUAUCAGUAAAAGCAGUUGGGCAAGUUUCGUGAGGGCAGCUCAUAACAAAAGGGCCACCUUGCCCUCACUGGGCGCAAUAAUGGUGCCUCUCUUCUGGCUUCUGCUUUUGGCAAAGCUUCCUAAGCUGGCUCUUUUCUCCGGUUCAGAUCGUUGUGUAAUCCAGGAGAUCAACAACUCACAAAAUGUGUCUUCAGUACUGGAAUCAUUACAAUGCCAUAAUAACUACAUGUCCCAUGUCCACUGCAAGUGGAGGCAACACAUAAACACACAGUUGGAGCUCUGGGUCGAUACAGGAUCUGGAAGGGAGGUGAAGUGUGAGCCAUUUGAUCCUAGAGAUGCAGCUAAGCACAGGGAUGUCCGCUGUAGAUAUAAAGCCAAUGCAUUUGGCAUCGGCUUAAAACACACCGCCUUCUUCCUCCAAAACAAGACUUGUCUCUCCUCCUCCUCUGUCCAGCACAAGACUCUUCAUCUUUUACAGCACCUGAAAGCACUCCCACCAGCGAAUCUCUCCACGCACGAUGCAGCUGAUGGUGGCCGAAAGCUCAUUUGGUCCAGCCCCUACCCUCCCUCCUCAUCCCUGAACAAAAACCUCACCUAUCAGCUCAGCUAUAAGACGCACAGAGAGGACAACUGGGUGACUGUGAAUGUCACAAACACCAGUAUGACACUUGAGAGGCAGCUGUUGCGUCCAGGUCACAGGUAUGAAGCCAGAGUGAGGGCCUGGGCCAGCAUGGGCCUGUGGAGUGACUGGAGUCCUGUGGUGACCUGGCACACUAAAGAAGACUUUGGGCAGCUUCCCACUUUGCAUUGUGUACUGGACGGAGAGAAGGAGGUAACAUGUAGCUGGGAAGUGAGCAGAGAGCUGGCUCACAUCAUUACCUACCAGCUGGCCUGUCGACACAAUGAGAGUGCGCCGUUUGAGAGAUGUUGUUUGAACCCAGCAGUCACUUCUGACCUCACCAGGAUGAUGCUGAGGUACAGCUGCACGCUGUCUGUCACAGACCCAGAACAUCUGCAGCUGAACCUCCAGCCAACACACAGUGCCAAGAGUUUUAAACUCUACCAAAACAUUCGUCCCAACCCCCCACAGCAUGUAAAUGUGACGGAAGAAGACAAUAACUGGAUCGUGAAAUGGACCGAACCAAACAAGAGUCAAAAACACGGCCUGUAUUAUCAGGUCCUUUAUUACAGGAAACAAGAUGAGAAUUCUUCUACACUACUGGAAGUAAGGGAUUUAACUUCUUGGACCAUCCUUGGAAAAUGUUUAGCCCCACUCCAGGAUUACCAGGUCAAAGUUAGGUCAUUGGUUGUCCCUGGAUCAGGUUCAGAGUAUAAAGGAACCCCAUCAGAAUGGACGGAUCCUGUGGAGUGGACCACUAAUGAAGUCUGGUCCCCCACAACCUGGAUCUAUAUACUUAUCACUGUAGCAGUGGCUCUAGUCUUCCUCAUUCUGUACCGCACUAUUCCAGCUUGUCGAAGGAAUGUAAUUGGGUGGGUGGACUCAGUUCCUUCUCCAGGAAAAAGCAAAAUCCUGUCAGAGUUGAUGUCCCCCGGCAGUCGGACCCUUACGCAGACUGAAAAGCUGUAUAUUUGCAAAGUGCAACAACUGGACGUCUUAUCUACAUGCUCAUCACAAGCUUCGCUGUGGCCGACCAAGGACACAGAAAAAAAGUGCCUGGAUCAGGAUGAGGGUUGCUGGAGCUGUGAUAACCUGCCCUCUCCUACUGAGGAGGUUAACGUCUCUGACACUUCUGCGAUAAGCUUCACCGGGCCAUACAUCCUCUGUCGGUCGCCGGAGCCAGCCCCCGAGUCAGUGAGUGUCAAGGAUGAAGAGAUGGACACAGAAGCCCCGUCAGAUGGCUCUGCAUCGCCUUCUCCUGUAAAUUUCACUCUUUUCGGCGAAGGCUAUGUGUGUCUGCCCAGACACAGCAACUCCAGAUCCACACAGGACCUCAUGUCCCACUGUGAUGAAAACACGAGCACACACUGGUGUGACAGUGCUGAGCAGGACCAGAGGUGCAAUGAUCCAACACCAUGGCUCGUUAACUCGGACAUCAAGCCUGGCUUUAGCGAGCCCACCGUUGGGGGCAAACCGCCAGAAUACACGCCGGGACCUUUCACCCACUGGCCUGAAGGGGCCACCGUACAGGCGUCAGGGUACUGCCACCUCCCCACAGCCUUCAUGCAAGAGCAACGCGCUAGCCUGCAUAAUUCAUAGGAAGAUUUUAUCAAAAGAGGACCUAUCACUUUCUCUGCACACGAAACAACUUUCUUUUUGCAUAAACUUUUCACUUUAUUCUGAGUUACUGAUGCUUCAAUGUGAAAAAAAAUUCCUUCUAGCAUUUUUGAGAAGCUUUGUGCCUGUUUUUAAUCUUAACUGACAAAGUGGCUCCAUAGUGUAGUGGCUUAUAGAAAAGGCGAAAGAUCUCAGUUUUGAUCCCAGAAGGAAAUGCAAAUGACUCUGGAGUUGUGUCAGGAAGAGUAUCCAAAGAAAAAUCAAAUAUACUGAAGUGUAGUUUAGUGUCUCACCAUUUGAGGGCAAUAGUGAGCCAAAUUUUGUAGGUGGUCUUUAAGCUUAUGAGGGAUAGAAUGCAAUAUUAUGGGAAGCAAACUAAGCCUUUUCUUUGAACUUUUUUAGAUAAUUUCCUGGCAUAGACGGGGAUGGUAUGUAAUCCAAACGUAAUCCAAAAAGCAGCCAUGCAAAACAGCUUUCGUGAUUUUCAAUGCGUUCAAUUUUUGUUCUGCCUGUGUCUAAGCGUUGCACCAUCUUUUCAAAUGCAUGGCACCAUCAUUUUACUUGCCUGUGUAAUCUUUCAGCGUAAUGACAGCCUUUCACGCAGGAUGUGCACAUUUAGCCGCAGACUCUAAGAACUCAGUUGAAAUUUAGUCUUCUUUUAUUACUUCCUCUAAUUCCUUGUUGCCUUCACAGCUGAAGGGACGCAACUAUGUGAACUUCACAUCGUGGAAACAGUGUGUGCUGUACGUUUGCCAACUGUAACUUUCACUGUGGUCAUGUACAAUAUGCGUGUUUUGCACAGAGGUGUCUGAGUUGAGACCUUGUUGUCAGUGUUGUAGCCUAAGUGUUGCCAAAGGUGUGUAGAAUAUGCCAUCUGCAUUGUGAUGUGCUGAUUGUGCUAAGAUAAGCAUAACCAGUGCCGUGUGCAAAGGUUUUAGUUUAGAACUGACGUCAGCAAAGGCACAGAGACGUAAAUCUAAACACAUAAAGUCUAUUUUAAUGUAGGUAAUGGCAAUUAAAGGUGAAGGAGCACAACUCUGCCUGUAAAUACAAAAGAAGAGAAAAUAAGAAACGUUGGGCUGCCAAACUAUGUAAUAUAUAUAUAUUAUAAAUGCACUCUGUCUGUGGAUGAUCUUUAUGCUGAAGGAAAUAAACUUGUGUAAACUGAUGUCAGCUGUAAUUAAAAGAAUAUUAUAUUUU